AUGGAAACCCCAGAGACACCUCCUACUCCCGCAGACACCCAUUCCAAAAGCUUGAGCUCGCCCGAUCUCGCUAUUCCAGAAACCCGAGAUGGUUUUUUUGGGUAUACCGAUGAGAAGAGUCUUCAACAAGCAAGUGCAGAACAUAUCGGCGAAAAAUAUUGGGCACACAGACGAGGGUCCGAUGCACCUUCCGAAGCGACUGCUUCGUCUUUCAAAGGAUUAUCAACUGUCAGCGCGAAGCUCGGAGAGCAAUCCACAAACGCCAACCCGUUCUUCGAGGGCGAGGACGAGAGAUCUGCGACAGGCGACCUGGGGACAACGACUGCACCCGAACUACUCCGACUGUUCCACUCUUUGCAAAGAUGCCUUGAAUUGCGCGAUAAGUAUCUCAGAAAGUCGAAGCAAAGGCUUGGUGACAAUCCCAAGGACAACGAUGGGCAUUUCCCGGGCUUAGGCGAAGACAUAGCAGAUGUGAACGGAGUCAGGCCGGAUGCCGAUUUCUCAAAAAACUCACCACCAACGCUCUCAGAGAAGCAUUGGAAGAUCUAUCCAAAACCACCUCCACCACAUUGGCAUUGGACGGAUAAACAGCCUAUCGUCGGUCAGGAUGGCGCUUACACCCCAGGCGAAUUCGAGUUUGAGCAAUGCGAAAUACCGGGACAAGAUUCCUAUGAAUUUGGAAUCGAUGACACUGGAGUGUAUCAGGUAUAUGAAGAUACCAAAAGUCGAAAGGCAAAUAAGCCUGUAUACGAAGUGCCCACCAUCAAGGAAUACUUUCAGGAUCUCGAUUAUGUUCUAAACAUCAUCUCUGAUGGACCCACCAAAAGUUUCGCAUUUCGACGGCUCAAAUACUUGUCAAGCAAGUUCACAAUGUUCAGUCUGAUGAACGAGUUCCAGGAAUUGGCAGAGAUGAAGGUUUGUGUGUCUCCGUGGACGUCAGCUUCCUUGUCUGACUGUCAUUCCUCUCUGAAAGAGUGUUCCUCAUCGGUAAUGUCUUCGAGGAAACGACAUAUCUACUUUCCUAAUCAAGGCUCUCCGUCCCAGUGA